AUGACGGGACCCGAGACUAGACCGCUGCCUACGGUGGGUAAGCAAGCCUGUGACCAACUUAUGAAACGGUUGCUUGGAACGAUCCGCCAUUUGACCGAGCUAUGCAAUAAGGUGGACACAGCACGUGCCAAGCAACCUGAACCCGAAGACGACGAGAAGGUGAUAAUUCAAUUGGAAUUGACUCAUUUGCUUUUGGAGGAGGCCCAGUACUCAAUCCGAACCUUGGCUAGGCUUAGCCGAGCCCCAGCAUGGAUUGCAGAUCAAGCAGGACACCUGAAUACGAUGAUACAUGUGAAGGAGGCAAAGGAAAAGAGUCGCCUCAUUCGAGAGCAACUCCGCCAACGCCAUCAAUUGUCACUGGCAGAUAUUGACACGUCUAUGCCCCAGGACACGGCCCAGGCGACAGUGGAUGAUGGUUUUUCUGAGACUGAGGCCGAACCAACAGUGCAACAACAUAGGGAUAAUAUUGUUUAUUUCAAAAAUGGCAAGUAUGUAUGA